ACAAUAAUGUUUUUUUUUUUUUUAUUUUAUCUCGAAAAACCUUGAUUGAUCAUUGUUGGUGUUGUGAAUAUCAAAUACCUACCUAGCUUAGCUGUUAAUUAACUAGUUUGUUUAUAGUCUGUAUAAUUUACACUGCCGUUACUGAUGUAAAAUUAAUUAAACACAUAACCAACAAUCGUCGUGUACAGUUCAUGUAAUAUUAUAUUUUUUAUACUUCAUGCUACAUCGCCUUAGUCAACGAAAUCCACCAAGAUGAUUGAUCUUUUGAAGAUGUGUACACUUUUGUUACUCAUAAGUGUGACUUGUUGCACGUGCAACGCCAACAAUUCAAACGAUUUCCAGCUGAAAUUCGUUUUUAUCUUAACGAGGCACGGAAACCGGGCGCCGAUUAUUCAGUACAAGAACAACACUAACCGCAUCAACUGGCCAAGGGGCUUGGGUGAGCUGACCGACCAGGGCAUAUGGAACGCUUACAGGGCCGGCCAAGCGCUCAGAGAGCGGUACAUAAGCUUUUUGAACCCGUCGCAGCGGUACAUCCCCUCGGAAAUAGACGUGUCCACCACCACGGUAGACCGUUGCUACCAGACGGCCGGUUACCUGUUGGCCGGCAUGUACCCUCCCAACAAACAGCAGACUUGGAACGCGGAUUUGAAAUGGCAGCCCGUACCGAUCAAGAUGAGCCUGUCCAGAGAUCACCAUUUGUUUGUGGAAAACGCAAACAAUUGCCCCAAAUAUUGGGUUGACUUACACGAAGAGUGUGAAAACGCCAUGAAAACUGAAAAAGUCAAAAGCUUAGUGAAUUACAUGAAAAAUUAUACGUCUAAUCCUCUAAACACUAUGUAUGAAGUAUUGCAAGUUUGCGACGUCAUAUGGACUGAACGCAUGGCAAACUAUUCAAUUCCUAGUUGGGCGAUAAAACGGUUUAAUGAUAUCGAGGAUUUCAUGUUGUUGAGCAUGAAAAUAACGAACAGUAAAUCUGAUCAAAUGAAACGUUUGUUUUCAGGAGAUUUAUUAGGUAAUGUGUUGAAUCGUAUGAAUGCAGUUUUAAAUAAAUCACCAGACGCCAAAAAAAUAUAUUUACACGUUGGACACGAUUCGACUAUUGUCCCUUUACUUAACGCGUUGAACAUACCAGGCAUAGUAUACCCAUACUAUGGGGCAGCAGUUCUUAUGGAGUUAUAUGCAACACCUUCAAAUGAAACAUUAGUAAAGCUUCUUUACAACAAAAACUACGAAUGGAAAGAAUCAAACAUUCAAUUACUCGAACUACCCGGUUGUCCUUCACCGUGCGGACUAGAUAAUUGGCGCACACUCACACAAAAAAUUAUACCUCAAAACUUAAGUGAAGAAUGCAAACUUUAAUGAAAAAAAAAAAAAAAGUGCCAGAAACUAAAUAUGAGAUUUUCAUAUUGUGUAUGUUUUGUGGAAUUUUAUAUAUAUAGAACAAAAUUUUAUGAAAAUAUAGAAAACCGUUCAGUCUGUCUUUGAAAUUGCCUCCAAGCGUUCCAACAAUUGUGGAUGAGAAUGAUGCCAUGCCGAGAACAGAGAGUCAUAAACUGGGAAGCUCAGAUUGUCAUUGUUUAAUCUAAUUAAUCCACUCUCCAGUGACUUUGCAAAUCCUAGUUUUUUGGCAAAUCUGUCCGCUUGAAAUUCCAACUGCCUGCUCAAUGUUGUCAUUGCGAAUGAUAUCACAGUGUUGUAAGGUGAAAAUACAUAUUGGAAUAUAAUCGCUAGACCAAUAAUAACGGGAUGAGUAGUUUCAUAAAAUCCAAAGGCUCGAUACAACAUCGAAUUGUCAUACAGCCAGCCAAAGACAAAGAGCAUGAUAAACAAAUUGACCUGGAAUGCGAUUAAAAUAACACAACAAUUUUAGUUAUACAAUGUAACUGUAUAUAAAAUAUAUUUUAUGAUGUAGGCAAUACCUGUGAUAUCAUGAUGAAGAAUAAAAUAUGGUUUAAUUUCCAA